CCGACGUCCCGCCUGGCUGAGCUCGGUGAGCUGCUCACGAGUGGCGACUGUCCGCCGGCUGGCGGUCCGGGCUCCGGGAGCGCGGACGCCGGGCGCGCCUGCCAUGGCUCCCUGGGUGGGGACCGAGCUCUCGGCGCUGAACCCGCUGCGUGCCGUGUGGUUCACACUGGCCGCCGCCUUCCUGCUGACUCUGCUGCUCCCUGGGGGCGGAAUCCCCGGAGUGUCCGGCCACACAGAGGAAGCUGAGCCGCACGCAUCCUCGAGGGCACAGGAACAUGCACUUGUGGACGCAUGUAGCCUUAACUUCGGGGGAAAUGACAGCGCUUCCAGAUUUAGGCCUGGUCACCAGGCGUCUGGACGGAGGGCGAGACCCUGGUCUCCAACUGGUGCCACCUCCUUGGCCGCACUGACCCUCCUAAUCCGCACCUCGUCAGAACGUGUUUUCCUUCGCAGGUAUUUUUCUCACUUCUACAUCAUCUCAGUGCUGUGGAAUGGCUUCCUGCUUUGGAGCCUCACUCAGUCUCUGUUCCUGGGAGCGCCUUUUCCGAACUGGCUUCAUGGUUUGCUCAGAAUUCUUGGGGCUGCGCAGUUCCGAGGGGGUGAGCUGGCGCUAUCAGCGUUCUUAGUGCUGGCCUUUCUGUGGCUGCACAGCCUACGACGUCUCUUCGAGUGCGUCUACGUCAGCGUCUUCUCCAAUGCUGUGAUUCACAUCGUGCAGUACUGUUUUGGACUGGUCUACUACGUCCUCGUCGGCCUGACUGUGCUGAGCCAAGUGCCAAUGGACGGCAGGAACGCCUAUGUGAUAGGGAAAAAUCUCCUGAUGCAAGCUCGGUGGUUCCAUAUCCUCGGAAUGAUAAUGUUCAUCUGGUCAUCUGUCCAUCAGUAUAAGUGCCACGUCAUUCUCGGCAAUCUCAGGAAAAAUAAAGCAGGAGUGGUCAUCCACUGCAACCACCGAAUCCCUUUUGGAGACUGGUUUGAAUAUGUUUCUUCCCCCAACUAUUUAGCAGAGCUCAUGAUCUACAUUUCCAUGGCUGUCACCUUUGGAUUCCACAACUUAACUUGGUGGCUCGUGGUAACAUACGUCUUCUUCAGCCAGGCCCUGUCUGCUUUCCUCAGCCACAAAUUCUACAAAAGCAAAUUUGUCUCCUACCCAAAGCAUAGGAAAGCUUUCCUGCCAUUUCUGUUCUAAGAUAACCUCAGUCAUGAAGAAGGUAAAUCAGGUGACAGGUUCAAUUCCUAAAGACAAGUCUAGAGACCAAAGUACAGUUUCUGUGGAACUGUUUAAAACUCUCUGUUCCAUUUCUGUACCCAAAAGUCUUCACUGAAUGAGCAAAGCAAUACCUCUCAAGACAUUGAGUCUUCAAAGAAGAAAUACUUCUGGCAGACCCCAAAGUGCUGUGUCUGCUUUCUGAGAUGUGUUAUAACACCAACCAAGUGCUAAAAAGUAGAUGAGACUUCUCCAAGCUGCUUCAGAAACAAACUAACCAAGACAUACAGACAGCUUCAGACGUACACAUAAACACACACACACACACACACACACACACACACAAAGGAAGAGAGAAGGUUAACUGUGAACUAUAGAGCAAGAAGUGUAGUGGGUGCUCAGUAAGUGCUUGUUGCAUUUCAGUCAAAGCAGAAUAGCCUUUAAAAAUAACAACAAUGUGUAAUUGCACACAAGUGGAUUCAGGGAAAAAUGAGUUUGUUGGAGUUGGUUUAUACUUUUACUUAUUGCCACAAAGGCUUCCAGUUAUGUAACCAUCAGUAAUCAUCUCCCCCUCAAAUCAUAGCCUAACAAAAAGUUUGAAACCUCUUUUAUUUAAUACUUUUUUGACAGCUUUUUCAAGCAAGUACCUUAAAAUAUUUUUAUAUUUAUGUCUAAAAA